UGUCGAGCGGAGCAGACAUCCCCUCCAGCAUUCUCUCAACGCUACCACGCUUCCCUAACUCACUGCCUCCUCUUCUUCCUCCUCCUCCUCCUCUCCUCCUUCACCUCCACUCCUCUGCCGCUGGUGGAGGGAAGACACACCCCUCCCCCACCCACACACACGCCCGCGCCCCCCCACACCCAUGGAAAAGCAGAGAAAAGUGAAAUUAUGUUAGAAAAGAGAACAGAGAUGAAAAGAGAAGAUCAACCCAAUAUUCGCGGGAACUUUAUUUGACGUCUAGCUUAUGCGUACAGGUAAAGCAGGAAAGAACGGCUCCUAUUGGUCCAGCGCAGCGUGACGUCACAAGGCAGCAGCUCUCCGCCUUCCUGAUUGGCUGAGCGAGAUGGGGAAGCAGUGACGUCAUUCCUGCCUCCACCAAUCACAAGAUGGCUUCCCCGGGGUUGCCAGUGCUCGCCAUACACAUUACUAUUGGCUUUUUAAAUGGCGUGUGUGGCGACCUGCUAGCCAACGUGGAGGUCCCGAGAGUGGCGCUGGCUGGCGGGCGAGUCAAUGUGAGUUGCAGCUAUGACCUUCGCGACACGGGUCUGUAUUCACUCAAAUGGUACCACAAUGACACGGAGUUCUAUCGCUAUGUGCCCACGGAAACCCACCGCCCUGUUGACAUCAAGCCCACGGUCAAGUUUCAAGCUCAUGAGAUCGCCAGGACGGAGACGGGCGUGACACUCUCUCUCACUUCAAUGACCUCAGACGCUACAGGGGAUUACAAAUGCGAGGUGAUAGCAGAACACCCCUCCUUCAGAACAGAGGCCAACGGUUCCUUCAUGACAGUGCUGGACGAGCCACUAACGCCGCCAGUAAUAGAAGGAGCACAAGACAUGUACGAGGGAGAUGAGAAGGUGGCACUGUGGUGUGUUCCUGCUUAUAUUCCUCAAGCUGGCCCGCUCCCUUCUCUCUCUUGGUACUUGGGAAAUGCUCCUGCCAGAGGAGAAUACGUGUCCCCUUACAGAGAAGACUCGCAAGAACAGAUAACUGGUUUGUAUCUACAGAUGCCACCCAGCCAGGUGUGGAAGAGUGGAAGCAGCGUGGAGGCAAUGUGUGAGCUGAAAUUGGACUCCCAGAUUGUCAGAACGUCGAAGAUAUUAAGAGUCAGAGCCCGCCAUUCUUCCUAUCUCUUUGACUACUCCACGGCAGGGACUGCGCAUCCGUGUGUCUCUUUGCUGGUAGUCGCUCUGUUGUUAUCAUUUCGUCUACACUCCUAGGUGGGAGGAAGAUGCGCUCACACACACACACAUACACACACACACACACACACACACACACACACACACACACACACACACACACACACACACACUUCCUAAAAACACGCGAUUUAAUAGAAGAAAAACUGUAGUUAUAAUUACCAAGAAUUUUGUAGCAUAGCUUAGCUCACCUUUUACGAAUCACACACACACACACACACACACACACACACACACACACACACACACACACACACACACACACACACACACA